UCGUCGGUGCGGUCGUGACAGAGAAGAUGGCGGCGGAGAGGGAGCCCCCUCCCUUUGGAGACGGCGAUCUGGAGGGAGAGGAAGAGGACGCGGAGUUUAGGGAGCUGGAGGGGAGCGAGGAUCUCUUCGUCAGCACCACCAGCACCUUGGAGUCUAGUCCUUCUUCACCUGAUCCUGCUAGUCUUCCAACUGAAGAUAUAAGUGUAAAGUCCAAUGGUCCCAAGUCUGAAGUUUUACUGGAUGAUGACCAUGAAGACCUCUUUGCUGAAGCUACAGAAGAGGUGUCACUUGACAGUCCUGAAAAGGAUUACCUACCUUCUCCAGAACCAACUCCUGCUAUUACCCCAGUAUCUCCGACACUCAUUGCACCACGGGCUGAACUAAAAAUGUCUAAUCCAAAGAUGUUUGAACGAUCUAAGGAGGAGCUUGAGGAAGAGGCAAACGGAGAUGUGUUUGACAUUCAUGUGUCAGUUUCUGACCCUGAAAAAGUUGGUGAUGGUAUGAAUGCCUACAUGGCUUACAGUGUGUCAACUAAGACUACUUUAUCCAUGUUCAGCAGCAAAGAAUUUACAGUCAAAAGGAGAUUUAGUGACUUUCUGGGUCUACAUAGCAAAUUAGCUUCAAAGUAUAUGCAUGUGGGCUACAUUGUACCUCCUGCACCAGAAAAGAGCCUUGUAGGCAUGACCAAAGUCAAAGUUGGAAAGGAAGACCCAUCAUCAGCUGAUUUUGUGGAAAAAAGGAGGGCAUCGUUGGAGAGAUACCUGCAACGCACAAUAAAGCAUCCAACCCUGUUGCAAGAUCCUGACUUGAGGCAUUUUUUGGAAAGUAGUGAGCUGCCUCGUGCGGUUAGCACCCAGGCUCUAAGUGGUGCAGGCAUAUUGAGGAUGGUGAACAAGGCUGCUGAUGCUGUCAACAAAAUGACAAUCAAGAUGAAUGAAUCGGAUGCAUGGUUUGAGGAAAAGCAGCAGCAAUUUGAAAACCUGGACCAGCAGUUAAGAAAACUACAAAACAGUGUUGAUCUCCUGGUCUGCCACAGAAAGGAACUCUCAGUCAACACAGCUGCCUUUGCCAAGAGUGCAGCCAUGCUGGGUAACUCUGAGGACCACACUGCCCUGUCAAGGGCACUAUCACAGUUAGCAGAAGUUGAAGAGAAGAUAGACCAGCUUCAUCAAGAACAAGCAAAUGCUGACUUCUUCUUAUUUGCAGAACUUCUAAGUGAUUAUGUUCGACUCAUCUCCUCUGUAAAGGGUGUAUUUGAUUAUCGAAUGAAAUGCUGGCAGAAAUGGCAGGAUGCACAGGCCACUCUGCAAAAGAAAAGGGAAGCUGAUGCUAAACUUCAAUAUGCAAAUAAACCUGACAAAAUGCAGCAAGCAAAAGAGGAGAUAAGAGAAUGGGAGGCAAGAGUUCAACAAGGGGAAAGGGAUUUUGAACAAAUCUCAAAAACCAUUCGUAAGGAAGUAGGCAGAUUUGAGAAAGAGAGGGUAAAGGAUUUCAAAUCUGUUAUAAUCAAAUACCUUGAAUCUUUAGUGCACACGCAGCAACAAUUAAUUAAAUACUGGGAGGCAUUCCUGCCAGAAGCCAAAGCAAUAGCAUGAAAUUCCAAUGAGAUGAAACGUGGCCUGUCUCUUGUUUACAACUGGUUCCAUACUAGGCACUGACCACAGAAUUCCAACAUAACCACUAUAUACAUAUUUUAAAUUGUAAUACUACAUUACAAAAGUGGUUUAAAUUUCUCUUGUAUUUUGUCAACCAACUGCAUGGCCUAAUCCAGUCAGAAUGAAUUGGAUUGUGGAAUGAAAUUCUGCAGUAGUUGCUGAAUUGAACACUACUGUGCAGCUUAAUUUUGCAGUGAAGUGCAUUGUCAGUGCUGGAACUGAGAUUUUGCUGUAAUGACACUUGUUUCAUUAAGAGAUCUAUUACUGAAUUUUCAUAUAACUAAUUGUAAAUUGUGAAACAUAAAUUCAGCAUUCCUGUAUAGAAAUCAUGAAUUUUGAUCUUUGUUACUAUAAUAAAGGGAUAUACUUCACCA